CCCAGUCCCAGACCCAGUCCCAGUCCCAGUCCCAGUCCCAGUCCCAGACCCAGUCCCAGACUCAGAACAGGCGGAUAUCAAACUUCAUAACCAGUCUUCUUUAGAUCCUAUGAAGGGUACAGAGGGGCCUCAGAGUUCCAGAGACUCUCCCUCUGAGUCUGAGACUGUGCCUGUUGUUAAGCCUGGAUCUGAGCCAGUCACUAAGGCUCAUGUUCCAGCAGAAACAUUAUUUGACCUGCCCUCCCCUUCCCUGAGUGAUCAGUCUGAUAGUAAUGAGCCCAUCGUGAUACUGAAGCGUCCAGGUCCCAUGCUGAGUCACUUGGAGUUCAUCAAUGAAUGUGACGUUUCACCUCCUGGACUCUGGGACUGUCACGGUGGCAGUCACUGUGACAGCAUUGCACUUCCUGAUCAUGUGACAGGGGAAAUGACAUCACUUCCUGAUCAUGUGACAAGGGAAAUUACAUCACUUCCUGAUCAUGUGACAGGGGAAAUGAGACAGGCAGCAUCUGUAAUACUGGAUUCAGAGUACAGAGAUAACCUGAGACACAGGGAGGAUGAGUAUGAGACUGGUGACUGUGGUGACAAAGGACCACUGGCUGACAAGGAGGAAGAGGAAGUUGUUGAGAAGCUUCUAGAACAAGUGCCCGUCUCUAAAUCACCAUCUCAGACUACAACAGUAUCAACAGCUGGAUCUGAUAACACCAUUCCCCUACAUGCAUUUAACAUUGGAGCUGAGCCCAAGGUAGAAGAGCCUGUCAGGGUAAAUCUAUCCCGUAGUGCUGUGUCCGUUAAAAAUGUCAUUAACGAUGACAGCCCAACACCCAGUGCUGAGCAGCCAAUCAGCAGCCGGCCUCGUAAUGUAAACACAGAGGACAAACGGGGAGACAAGGGGAAGAGGAAGGACGAGAUGAGACAAAAUGAAACGGAAGUCGAAGACAAAAAGGGAGAUCAGAAUCUCUCUCAUAAACGACAGGAAAUGGAGGAGGAUGACAAGCAGAAAGGAAAAGGGAAUCGGACAAGUAAACAACAAGAGAGUAAUGAGACUGAUCUAACAACAGGACAGGAAAUCGGAGGGACCAGAUAUCAUUCAGAACAGAAACAGACAGAGUCACAAAUAUUGUCUGAGCUGGACCAGAGAGACGAGAACAGUGGAAGACCAGGCUCUGGCCUCAUUUGGCCCCCCCUGGCUCCUCCGGGGUCGCCCCUGGCUCUUCCAGGGUCGUCUAAGGACGUGUUAUGUUCCAGUGGAGACUGUAGCCAUUUAUCCUCUCCCUCUGUGUUAGAACAAAGUCUCUACCCCAUGCUGCCUGUGCCAGCAACAGUACCAACAGAACCCUGCGCCAAGAGAGACUCCCCUGUACCUGAUUUGACUGAAAAUGCAGCUCUUAUUCAAUCAGAUUCAGCGAUUCUCCCAAAACUCUUUGCUCAGCAACAAGAAAGAGAACAUGAAGAUCGGCAAGAGAAGCCAGGAUCCAGUCCAGGUUUAGAAACAGACAACGAACACACAGCGUUAUUCACAACUUCACCACUGUUGCCGGGGGUAACGCAGGGAGCAGAGAGGACCCCGGGAGGUUUGCGUCAGGGAGAGAACAGGAAGUCAGGUGAUGGCAACUAUGUCACCAAUGGAGGGAAAGGUGGAGGAAUUUCCGGAGAGAAGGAUGGAGAGAAAAGACCAGACACAGAGGAGGGCGAGGGGAAGAGGACUGUAGAGGACUAUAGUUUCAACCGGGGUCAUGAAGAAGUCGAUAUGCCAUCUCAUAGUCACCAUGGUUUCAUUUUCGACUGGGAUAGUGGGGAUGUUGAGAGAGACAACACCACGAGGACUGUCGGUAAAGUCCCUGUUGGUGGGGGAAAAAGACAGGACACAGAUAAAAACCAAAACAACAGACCAGGAGAAGUCAACUUCCUGUCUGAUUCAGACAAGGAGGCCAAACCUAACCCAGUCUCAGACCACCAGACCAAAGGUACUGUCCCUGUCAAACUGAUCCCAGACCAGUUCACAGACCCUCCUGUCAUAGUGGCUGACACUCACCCUGUUCAGGUCCAAAUCGAAGCGUCUGUACAGGAUUCAGAAUACAAGGCAGUUGAGCCGUCCUCGGUUUAUGACUUGGUCAAAGCCAGCAACAUUACUGGAACUCAGGAGAGUCCUGGUCCCAACGACGACACUGAUCCUGAGCCUCGUGUGGACCAGAAGGCCUUCAGUACAACAACAACAACAACCACCACAGAAAGCCCCACAGCAGCACAACUAGCUGACCCAGAGAGAGAGGUCACAGAAAGCCCCACAGCAGCACAACUAGCUGACCCAGAGAGAGAGGUCACAGAAAGCCCCACAGCAACACAACUAGCUGACUCAGAGAGAGAGGUCACAGAAAGCCCCACAGCAGCACAACUAGCUGACCCAGAGAGAGAGGUCACAGAAAGCCCCACAGCAGCACAACUAGCUGACCCAGAGAGAGAGGUCACAGAAAGCCCCACAGCAGCACAACUAGCUGACCCAGAGAGAGAGGUCACAGAAAGCCCCACAGCAACACAACUAGCUGACUCAGAGAGAGAGGUCACAGAAAGCCCCACAGCAGCACAACUAGCUGACCCAGAGAGAGAGGUCACAGAAAGCCCCACAGCAGCACAACUAGCUGACUCAGAGAGAGAGGUCACAGAAAGCCCCACAGCAGCACAACUAGCUGACUCAGAGAGAGAGGUCACAGAAAGCCCCACAGCAGCACAACUAGCUGACUCAGAGAGAGAGGUCACAGAAAACCCCACAGCAGCACAACUAGCUGACCCAGAGGUCACAGAAAGCCCCACAGCAGCACAACUAGCUGACCCAGAGGUCACAGAAAACCCCACAGCAGCACAACUAGCUGACCCAGAGGUCACAGAAAACCCCACAGCAGCACAACUAGCUGACUCAGAGGUCACAGAAAGCCCCACAGCAACACAACUAGCUGACUCAGAGGUCACAGAGGAGGAUAUUGAGGCCUUGAACAAGAAGAAAGAGAAGAGGAUGAAAGACAGGAAACACAAGCAGAAGAAAAAUAAGGAAAAACAGACUGGUCCAGAACAGACUGGUCCUACCCCAGAACAGACUGGUCCAGAACAGACUGGUCCUACCCCAGAACAGACUGGUCCUACCCCAGAACAGACUGGUCCUAUCCCAGAACGGACAGAGAUGUCAGUUACUGUGUCUACCACAGAACAACAGACAGAACCACAUACAGCACCACAGACAGAACCACAGACAGAACCACAGACAGAACAACAUACAGAACCACGGACAGAGAUGUCAGUUACUGGGUCUACCACAGAACAACAGACAGAACAACAGACAGAACCACAGACAGAACCACAGACAGAACCACAGACAGAACCACGGACAGAGAUGUCAGUUACUGGGUCCACCACGGAACCACAGACAGGCUGGUUGGCUGCUCUCAGAUCCCUCUCUCAGUCCGACCAACAGAACACAGUACAGAGAACUCCAGAACCCAGACCCUUCCAGCCUCUGGAGCCUUUGGAGUCUCCUGUAGCAGAGUUUCAUACCCUCUCUGAAGAGACAGCCACCCCUCUGGGCCAGAGAGAAGACACACUAGUGAAGGAAGAGGAGCUACCAGGACAGGAGCUACGAGGACAGGAGCUACCAGGACAGGAGCUACCAGGACAGGAGCUACCAGGACAGGAGAAGACCAUUCCUCUACCAGGACAGGAGCUACCAGGACAGGAGAAGACCAUUCCUCUACCAGGACAGGAGCUACCAGGACAGGAGAAGACCAUUCCUCUACCAGGACAGGAGAAGACCAUUCCUCCACCACAACAGGACAGUGGGAGCUCAGACUCUGACGGAGCGUUCGAGACACCAGAGUCGACCACCCCUGUCAAGUCCCCCACGGAGACAGACCCUCAUGUCCAGCUGCUGACCUCUGAAGACACCGGUCUUGGCUGUGACUCUGAGGCAGACGGUGAACCCGGGUCAGAGGCUAAAGGUCACCAUGGUAGCUCCCUGUCCAUAGUCUUUGACGAAGACAAGCCCAUAGCUGCUAGCGGAGCGUAUAACCUAGACCAGCUCAUAGCUGCUGCUGCUGCUGCUGCUGAGUCCCAGAGCCGAUCUCUAACCCGCUCUCUGAGCCUCCAGGCUGGGGAGCUAGACGGCUCCGGCCCCCUAGACGGCGGAGGAUCCUCCAUCUCAAUCGGAGACUCCCGUCCCAUAGCUGAGGCCUUUAGUGUUGACUGUGGUACUGAGAGUGCUCCAGGGACUCUCCGCAGACCCUCCAAGAAGGGGCCUCUCCGCCCAGGCGGCUCCCUGAAAAAGAAGCCUCUCCCCAGCCAGAGCUCUAACCUAGAGAGUCCCCAACUGCCGUCCUCCGGAACCACACCGGAGCUGGAGAAGAGUGGCGAGCUCACCAGAGCAGCCAGACCCCUAUUGGUCUCUGAGGAUCUGGAAGUAGGAGGAGCCACAGUAGACUCCGCCUCGCUCAAUGAAGAGACCAAUCACACUAGCCCAGAGACAGAUAAUCAACUAAUCCUGGCCCCUACUUCUAUUCUGACCCCGACCCCAGCUAUCUCUAUACCCAACCGACAGGAGGACACCCCCAUCUCCGUGCCGGAGGCCCCCCCAGGCAACGAAGGCUCUCCCCUCAGUGGGACCUACAAAUGGGACCCAGACAACUUUGAAGACAUCGACCCGUUCAACAACGGAGGGAGUAAAGUCGCUAACUCCCCGGAGCGCCCUAACGCCGAGCCAACUCUUCCCUCAACCAGCCCCCCUAUUCGAACCCCAGGGGCGGUCAGACUGGAGUUUGACUAUUCUGAGGAGACCCUCGAGGAGCCUCCCAAGGCCUCUCCACCACCCAAGAAGCUGGGCAAAAAAGCAGGUUCCAAGAUGCCUCUAAGGAAGCCCAGGAUGGGUCUGAAGAAGGCCGUCCAGCCCCCAUGUGAACCCCUAGACAACAGCCUAAUCCCCGAUGACAUCCCCGUCUCUAAGCCCUCCUAUAACUCUGACCCGGCUCAGUGGGACGACCCUAACUUCAAUCCUUUCGGCUCUAACAGCGGGAUCCCUAUCUCUCCCGAGCUGAACAAGCCCUCCUAUAGUUUUGACUCUGACACCUUCAAUGAGUCAGCUGUCAACUCCUUCAAGGGUUCGUCCAAUAGGACGGCUGCGUUUCCACCCAAGGCUGCCUCUGGCUCCGCCUCUUUCGAGGUGUCGGCCAAUGACGACGAGGUUGAUAACGAUAACGAUGAAGUUAGGGAGCUGGAGGACCACAGCCAGAACAAACCGGCCAAGACCAAGAAGAAACCAAUCAAAUCGAAGUCGAAGGGUUCCUCUCUGUGUUGUCUGUUUAAUACUUUCAGAGUCAAGAGGUCCCCAAAGAGAUCGCCCAUGUCUGAUCUAUCAUCACAAGAGCUCACCCCAGUAGAUGAAGCCCAGUCUCCUAUCCCCCCGCUACAGGACGACCACGCAACAGACGAAGAGAAGCUGGCCUCUUCCUCCAAUCAAAAAGAGAAGCUGGUCUCCUCAGCCAACCACAAGUGGGCAUCCAGGGAGGCAGAGAUAACCUCUGACCCCCAUGAGGACUUCCCUCAACCCUCUGACCUCACAGCCUUUGUCAACAGUCGAGUGUCCGACUAUGAGAUUGAGUACAUGGAAAAGAUGGUCUCUUCUUCAUCGAAACCUUCUGAUCUCUACUUGAAGCUGGACUCUGUGACAGACAGCCUGACCAAGCCUAACCACGGAUCAGAACCCAACUCUCCCUGUACAGGGAGUUUUGAGGAGAUAGAGGCCCAGAUCACAGCCCAGAUGAAGACCCCGGUGCUGGGCUCUCGGCCCGGUCCGGAGUGGUCCGCUGGAGAGAAGGAGAAGACCAGGAAGAAAGAGAGCCAGUCACUCAGCCGGACACAUAGCACAGACAGGGAUCAUGGAGUGCUACCCACCCAGGGCCCUAUGGAGGUCCUUGCCCCAGACGCACCCCACUUACCCAGGCUGUCUGAGUGCCCUGACCCCCUGGUGCACCUGGAGGCUGUGGAGCCUCACCUGGCAGAGACCAACCCCACUGCCUUCGCACUCAAACUACAGGAGGAACUGGUUCUAGCUGCUCUGAGGAUAGAGGCUCUGCAGGUAGCCAAACACAUCUCAGACAGCCCCUCCCUCUCCACUGUCACCCCCCAGUCCCUCCUCAAGAAGCCCAGCAGGUGGAAUCUCUUCAGUUCACCCAAACAGAGAGACAGAGAAGUGAUGUCAUCAACAGUGGACAGGGACAGCAUGGUGACCAAGAAUUGCACCCGGACGGCGAGCUACGGAGACGGGGAGAGGGAGAGCCCCUACCUACCCAAAGACCUAGAUUACUCUCUGGGCAUCGCACGAGAAGAGAUCGUGUCCAAGGAGAAGGAGGUCCUGGAGUGGCAGAGGAAGUACGAGGACAGUCGACAGGAAGUGCUGGAGAUGAGGAGAAUCGUGUCAGAGUAUGAGAAGACCAUUGCACAGAUGAUUGCCUCACAUUUCCAUUCCACAUCAAACCCAGAAGAUUCACUCCUCGUCCUGUUUAUCUCGCAACUCUCGUUCAUUUCUCCCUUUCCACCUCUGGACAUUUCUGAAGCUCUGCUCUGAUUUGUGCUACUUGAUGAUUUCAUCCCAUUAUUCACACAGCACCAGGGGUGGGGUCAACUCCAUUAACCCCACAGCACCAGGGGUGGGGUCAACUCCAUGAUUAAUAUAUCACCAGGGGAGGGGUCAACUCCAUUAUCCAUAUAGCACCAGGGGAGGGGUCAACUCCAUUAUCCAUAUAUCACCAGGGGAGGGGUCAACUCCAUUAUCCACACAGCACCAGGGGAGGGGUCAACUCCAUUAUCCAUAUAGCACCAGGGGAGGGGUCAACUCCAUUAUCCACAUAGCACCAGGGUUGGGGUCAACUCCAUUAUCCCCACAGCACCAGGGGAGGAGUCAACUCCAUUAUUCACACAGCACCCGGGGAGGGGUCAACUCCAUUAUCCAUAUAGCACCAGGGGAGGGGUCAACUCCAUUAUCCAUAUAGCACCAGGGGAGGGGUUAACUCCAUUAUCCCCACAGUCACAGGUAGAGGGGUCAACUCCAUUAUCCCCACAGCGCAAUGGGAGGGGUCAACUCCAUUAUCCAUAUGGCACCAGGGGUGAGGUCAACUCCAUUAUUCACACAGCACCAGGGGAGGGGUCAACUCAAUUAUCCCCACAGCACCAGGGGUGAGGUCAACUCCAUUAUUCACACAGUACCAGGGGAGGGGUCAACUCCAUUAUCCAUAUAGCACCAGGGGAGGGGUUAACUCCAUUAUCCCCACAGUCACAGGUAGAGGGGUCAACUCCAUUAUCCCCACAGCGCAAUGGGAGGGGUCAACUCCAUUAUCCAUAUAGCACCAGGGGUGGGGUCAACUCCAUUAUCCCCACAGCACCAGGGGAGGAGUCAACUCCAUUAUUCACACAGCACCAGGGGAGGGGUCAACUCCAUUAUCCACACAGCACCAGGGGAGGGGUCAACUCCAUUAUCCAUAUAGCACCAGGGGAGGGGUCAACUCCAUUAUCCAUAUAGCACCAGGGGAGGGGUCAACUCCAUUAUCCAUAUAGGACCAGGGGAGGGGUUAACUCCAUUAUCCAUAUAGCACCAGGGGAGGGGUUAACUCCAUUAUCCCACAGCACCAGGUAGAGGGGUCAACUCCAUUAUUCUCACAGCACCAGGGGAGGGGUCAACUCCAUUAUCCACACAGCACCAGGGGAGGGGUCAACUCCAUUAUCCGCACAGCACCAGGGGAGGGGUCAACUCCAUUAUCCAUAUAGCACCAGGGGAGGGGUCAACUCCAUUAUCCAUAUAGCACCAGGGGAGGGGUCAACUCCAUUAUCCAUAUAGCACCAGGGGAGGGGUCAACUCCAUUAUCCAUAUAGCACCAGGGGAGGGGUUAACUCCAUUAUCCCCACAGCACCAGGUAGAGGGGUCAACUCCAUUAUUCACACAGCACCAGGUAGAGGGGUCAACUCCAUUAUUCACACAGCACCAGGGGAGGGGUCAACUCCAUUAUCCAUAUGGCACCAGGGAGGGGUCAACUCCAUUAUCCCCACAGCACCAGGGGAGGGGUCAACUCCAUUAUCCCCACAGCACCAGGGGUGAGGUCAACUCCAUUAUCCAUAUGGCACCAGGGAGGGGUCAACUCCAUUAUCACUCAGACACUCAGAAAUGGCUCUCUCACCUGUCUGGCGGGGUUGGAGUCAAUUCCAUUUCAAUUCACUCAAUUCAUGAAGUAAGUUGAAAUUCCUAUUCCAAUGUUCCUCAAUAAUGAGACACAUGAAAUUUGGAAUUUCUGUUGAAAUGGAAUUGAUCCCAACUCAUGUGUCCUGCACCCUCCCAGCUUGACUUAUAACACAACCCCUUAUUUUGUGUUCCUGCUCCCGUCUCGGCCUGUUCCUAUUGUGUAAACUCUC